UGUUGCUCUCAAGAUGGCUGUGAAUGUUUAUGAUUUAAAUUUCUACUACCUUUUAGGCUAUUUAGCUAGUGAAAUCAGUUUAUUUUAUAAUUUUGUUUAAUUUAAUAAAAUAAAUAUAUAGUUAAACAAGACAUGUGGUUAAUUUAACACAAUAAUAAUAAACUAAACAACAGAUAAUUUAAAUUUCUAAACUAAAACUUUUGACUUAUACUUCAACUUCAAUACUUAUUGACUUAUAUUAUAAGUCAUAAGUUAUAUAAACUUAUAAUUUUUAUAAUUAAUAAAUUUAAAUAAUUAUAAUUUAAAAGAUACAAAUAUUUCAAUAAAUUUAUUUAAUAAAUUUAAAUAAUAAUGAUUAAAAUGAGUCUAGGGGCCAUCCAUAAAUGAUAUAUUGUGUCCAAGGGAGGGGGGGGGGGAGGGACUUGCAUUUUUUGCAAUGAUGUAAAGUGGGGUUUAAUCACAUUAAAAGCGGAACAAAAAAUAGGACUUUCCCAAGGGGGGCUUUGGGGGGGGGGGGGACCCUCCAGCUAAAGAGGGGUCCAGGGUCCUCCGGCGGAAACUGUUUAUUGAAAUAAUGCUCAUUUUAACUAUUUUGAGGUCAAGAAAUAGUUUUAAAUUUAUCUUCACUUUUUGUCAUUUAAUUUAAACUCUGAGGCAUAUCAUAAACGAAAACAAUAAUUAUGCAGAGUGGUGGAGGGGAACAGUGCAGCCAUCACGCGCGCUCACAUCACUACUGGCACUGGCUACACAACUAGCCAAAAUAUUACUUGAAGUUAUAUUAUAAAUUAGGAAGUUUUAGUGAUUUGAAAAUGUGUUUGGUUUUAGAAAUGGGACAUUUAGGUGUUCCGAGAGCCUUUUUCGGGACACCGGGUAGGAUCAUAAAAAAACAGGACAAUUACGGGACGUUUGGUCACCCUAACUUAAUCAAACUAGAUUUAAAUUACAGACAUUUCUAAUAUUAUUCUUUUAUACAAAAAAUUAUUAUUAUUUUAUUUUUACACUUUGAUCACUGAGAGAAUCAGUAUAGGUCUGAGGUAUGCAAGGUCUGCAAAAUACCCUCGGAUAAAGUAACAGGAUGUUACGGAGGAGGAGAAUUGGGGUGUUGUGACAUUGAAAAUCAUGUUAAUUUAUGUCAAAUGUGGAGAUGGGAGUCAUAGAAUUAGGGCUACUACGUGAGGCUGGAUUGGGACUUAAAAUGGUGGGGGAAUGUUCUUUGUAAAUGUUCUAGGGCAGGGAUUCUUAAACAUUUUGCAGCGCUGCAUUCCCUCUCAAUUUCAAAAAACUUUAUGCAAACCCCCCCAGUCUCCCCACACAAAAAUAAUGUAAUAAAAUUUUAAAAAAUGAUAGUCAUUAAAUAAUUAAAUUAUAUAUUGUCAUUUUACUUCUCUAUUUAACUUUCAAGAUUCAAGAAACAAAUUACCAAUACAAGUUAUUUGUAAACAAAAUUCACCAGAAUUCUUCUGCACCACAGGGGUGGGGGGGGGGCCUCUGGUUAAGAACCACUUUUCUAGGGAAAUGUUUUUGACACAGGUGCAGCAAUUCGAUAUCCAUGGGGGUUAUUCUUUUAAGGGUGUGUUAAGGACAUUAGUGGACAGAGGUAUUUUUAUAUGGGGAGGGGGUUGCAGAGGUUUGUGAUGUUAUAUUGGGGUUUAACAUUUUGUGAUAAAUUAUGCUGAUGUGGGAGAGGGGUCGGGGGGUCAAAACGUGAAAUUUUCAUGCGUUCAUUUAUGGAUGAUACUCCUAGGGCUUAAUUUGAAUAAAAUAUUCAAAGUAAAAUCCAUUUUAGGGUUUCAAAGUUAAAUUUUAAAAAUAAAAACUAUUAAGUUGGUUAUCAUCUUUAUCUGGUGUCAGUCACCACACUGGACAUUUUUUUGGGUAAAAGUAACAUUUUUCAACUCCACCUUCUGUACACCUAAUAAAGUCAAAACUUUGUUUGGGCUCUAUCAGUUAUUUUGCGUGUGAAAUGAAUGAGAAUUCUCUUUUAUUGUGCCUGCUAACAAUUUUUAAAUAUUUUUAAUGACUGUUUAGUGUGAGUAUUAACAGUGAAAAAAGGUGAUUAAGUCUAAUUAACUUAUUAAGCAGGACAGAUGUUUCUAAAUUUAUGAAUAUUUGAACUUGAGCUGUAAAAACAUUUAAUGAAUCAUGGGAUCAUUGGAACAGCAAGAAAAUGUCUUUGUCAACUUACUGUGCAGUCUGAGGCCAUCUACACUAUUCAAUGAACUUUUAUGCGCAGCACAGGUAUUUUCAUAAUAAAAAAAUAAACGUAACUAACAGUAAUAGUAUUUAUUAAUUUAAAAAAAAAUAUUUCUUUUUAUUUUUCUUCUUUUAUUUUAGCUAAUAUGCUUUUUGUUUAAAAUUUAACAGGCUGAAGAUACUAUGUUCCUUACCAAUGAAAAUUAACAUAAAUCAAAAGAAAGAAGGAAUGUUCAAACUAUUGACCCCUAACUGUUAUUUUAAAUUUAAACAAAAAUCACCAUUAUUUCAAGAACAACAUUUUAUCUAUGAUAUCAUGUUUUAAAAAAAUAUUACAGGAAGAAGUGAAAAAGUCUAAUCACAGAAUCUCAGAAUUAAAAACAACUGUUUACAGUGGAUUAGCUGCAGCAGGUAAAUGUUUGGGGCAAGAGUAUAGAUUGUCAUAGAAAAGUCAACAUAUUUCUUUGUUUCUUUAUUUGCUUGUAAUGUAUUCUACACAUAUUUAAAUCUUUAGGAAAAUUUCAUAUAAAAUUUUAAAUAAUUCUUUUUUAAACAAAUUCCUUUUUUUAGGAGGGACUUUAGUAUAAAAUGAAAAUAGGUUCACAUUUUUAUUAUUCAAUAGGCACCUAUAAGUUUUAGAUUUUUGCCAAUAAUUCUCUAUUACUUCAUAACUGAUUUGUCAAUUUUCACAGGUUGGGACCGUAAGCUAAGAAAUGUGAUAUACCACUUUUUGCAAGCACAAUCUAAAUUGUCAAAGCAAAGUGCAUUUUCUACUACCGGUACUGAUUUAAUCAAGGAGCCUAUAUCAUAUAUUAUGAAAGCACAGGCAAGUUGAUCUAAUUUGUAAACCCUGUGGGAUAUUGUGCUUGUUAUUUUAAUCACUUAAUGAUGAUAUCACUAAAGAACUUUUUUAAAGCUACAUCAGUUUCUCUUUAAAAUACAAUUGAUUGAAAUCUUAAUUAGCUGCUAUUGUAUGAAGUAACCAAGGUGUAUACUGAAAUAUAAUAAAUUGGAAACAUUCUAGAAACAAUCAGUUUGCUUAUAUUUAUUUGAAUCACAGUUGAAAAUGCGAAAGUGUUAUUUCAGUUUAUUGGGCCGAUUUAAUGGAAAAUUAGAGAUUAUAUUUUGUUUUAUUAAUUUUGGUUUGAUCAGCUAGCAUGGGAGAAAAAGAUUUUGAAAAGCUUAAACAGUAUGUGCACAGAAUUAACCAUUCCUUUGGCCAGAGCUGUGAGUAUUACUACUACAGUGUUUAUAUUUAAUUGUUUGCAGAAAGCAAAAAAAAAGGAAUGUAACAUUUCAGUUCAUGAUAAAUUUAAUUAAUAAUAAUGCAACUUAAAUAUUUGUAAACAUGAAAAAGUACUAUUAAAUUUUAUAUUUUCAGUGUCAAAUAGAAUUAAUCUAGCUGCAAUCAUGGCAUUUUGAAUUUUAAAUAAAAAUGUUAAGUCUUUUGAGAUAUAUGUUACACCUGCAAGCUUAAUUUAAAUAAAAAAACUAUUUUUUUUAGCGAACAGAGAAAGAUAGAAAAGACAUGGCCACACGGUGGACAGAGCUUGGUGUUGAUGGCCCAGGUAUAUUCACUAUGUGAAAAUAAAACAAAUGUAAAUGUCCCUAUUUUUAAAGAACAUUGCUGUGCACACUAAGAGAAUCAUACAAAUUGUAUAUGUGUUGAAUGUUUACUUUAAAAUAUUCAAGAAGUUUGUUAUUAAACUGGAACCUCUCAUAACGAGUUUAAUUUGUUCCAGACUCUUACUCCUUAAGCGAAACACUCGUUAAAUGAAACAAUUUUUCCCAUACAAAUCAAUGUCAAACAAGAUAAUGCGUUCCAUGCUGAAAAAAUACUAAUUUUUCAAAAAAUUUUAUUAACAUUUAUUCAAAUAAAAUUAUUUAUGAAUUGUCAUGGAGUGUAACAACUUGGAAUACAAUUUAGAUUUGAAACAAAAAAAACGUAAAUAAAAAUAUGAAUUUAUGACAAAUAAUUAAUCCUUUUUAACUAGAAAAGUGUCAAAAGACAUUUUUUUUGCCAACGCUUCAAAAUUUGACAAAAAUGUGUCACAGCAUUAUCAUUGAAUAAAUUUGUAGCAUGAAUAGCCACCUCUUUAUUAGGGUGAUGCUUCUCAAUGUACGAUGCAACAGUUUCCCAUCCUUUCAGCAUUUCUCUUAUUGCGCUAUAAGAUUGUUGCUCUACUUCUUCCUCCUCCAUUAAUGAGCUCUCCUCCAUAAUUUCUUGCUAUUAAACAUGAUGCAACUCCAUAAGCUCUUCGGUGGUCAGCUCUUGACUGUGCUCUUUCACAAGCUCUUCAAUAUCAUUGUUGUCCACCUCUAGUCCCAUGAUAUUAACCAAUGACACAAUCUCGUUAACUGUAGACUCCACAGGUACUGUUUCAAAAUCACAUUCAACAACACUCUGGCCAAACUUUUUUCCAAGCAGAAGUGAGGGUGCUCUUGGUAACUCCUUCCCAAGCCUUGUCAAUCAUCCUGAGGCAAGCAACGAUGUGAAAAUGAUCUUUCUAAAACUCUCUAAGAGUGAGAUUUGUCUCUUCGGUAACUUGAAAACAACGCUCGAAGAGUGUUUUAGUGUAGAGUUGUUUUUUUUAAAUUUUUUUUUUAUUUUUAUAUAAAAAAAGAAAAAAAGGGACUUCCCCUUUCUGCGUAACUCGUUAUGCAAAAUGUCGCUCGUUAAGGGAGCAACUUCUUCACAUUUUUUUUUUUGCUCGUUAUGCGAAUUACUUGUUAUGAGAGGUGCUCGUUAUGAGAGGUUCCACUGUAUGUUUAUAAUAAACCUUGACAAGAAAUAAAAAUGUUAGGAUGUCUUUAUAAAAUAAAAACUAAUAUUGAUAAGAGUAAAAUUACAUUGAAAGUGACCUUUUCUUUUUUUUGGGUGUAUAGAAAUUAUAUUGACAUCUCAUUGAAAAAACUUCUAUGAAAUAUUCAAUGAGCCUCAUCAACAUGAACAUUUUCUUUUAAAAGAAAUUAUACUUCACAUAAAGUAUAACAAAUAUUUAUAUUAUUCAACCUGAUUUGCAGAUGUUAUAAUUUUACAUAGUAGGCUACUUGUAAAAGUUAUUAGAGAAAGAUUACAUAUCUUUUUCUAGAUUUACAAAAACAAUUUAGCAAUAGUUGACAGUGUAAAGCUCUGCAUAUCCCAUCAGACAUAUCUUUCUGAUAUUUGGCACCACUGAUCUUCCAUUUUAAAUAUUAUUUCUUUGUCAGCAUACUUUGUUCAAAGUAAAACAAUUAAUUUCUUGUUAUCCAUUUUAGAUUUAAGUCAGAUCAGACCUGUUUAUGCCCCUAAAGAUUUCCUAGAUGUAGUUAUCAAUUUAAAUAACCCAAAUUGUGUUAGCUCAGGAAAUGCUGGGUAAGUUGGAUCUUUUUGUUUUGUUACAUAUUAAAUAAAUUGUAUGAGUCCAUCAAAAUCAGCUGAGUAGAAGCUUAAGAUCAAUUUGAUGUCGGUUAGUUGGUUUACACCUGCUUGCUAGAAGGCUCAAUGAUCAAUGGGUUCUGUUGGCGUGGGAUCAAAUUAUGAAGAUUAACAAACUGUGGGAUGGGUCUGCUAAGCAAACAGUUGUGAACCUGUUUAUUGAUUGGGUAAGAGUGGAGACAACAGGUGAAUACAGCCAGGAAGAAAAGAUGAUGCAAUAUUUGGAGUGCUGAGUUACAUAGCUGUACGUAAAGUUAGAGUCAAGCUGGUGUUUAUUGUAAAUUUAUCUGCAUUGAUUAUGUUCCAUUUUUAUAAUAUCCACAGAACAUUUGAUUUACCUUGGGGUCUGAUCCAUGUGUCACUGAAAGUCAAAACACUUAAUGAAUUGGUUUGUUUAUAAUGUUCAUUUGAAUCUUUACUAUUGAAACUGAUCAGAAUUUUUGGGCUGUUACUUGAGUUUGGAAAUGCCCAUUUGUGUUAUAUGCUCCUAUAAUAUAUCUUUUAUGUUUAUUUUAUUUUUAACUACCCCGGUAUCCGACUAGAACUAUAUUAUUUUGGGGUAUAAAGGCCCAUAUCAUUAGGUCAAGAGGCUUUUAAAAGAGGUGAAGGGAAAUAAUGGGAAAGCUGAAAGUUUUGCAGUAGUGGGAAUAGGUAAUCAGGUGGGGAUAGUCUGUGUGGGGAGCCUCACUUUGCUUUUUCUGAACACAGAGGAUCCAGUACAGUGACAUGGCCAUCACCCACUGCCAGACUGGCACAGAUGAUUUGUCUGACAUCCCCCCUGAGCUGUUUGAAAAUGACAGGACAAAACUGGGGAAGAAAGGUUUGUAGUAUCCUACAGGAAAUAGUUUGAACGUGAGAUCAUUUAUCCAUCCACCCUUCCACUCAGACCAUCCAUUCAUUCAUAUGGCGCUACAGCCCAUGUAGGGCUUUGGCCUGCCUCACCACUUCCUUCCACUCAGAGCUAACUGAUGCUUUUCUUUUUCCAUGCUUGGAUAGAUAUUUUUCCACAUAAUCCAUCCAUCUAAGCCUAGGUCUGCCUUUGAGCCAUUUUCCUCUGGGAUUUUGUUGGUUCAUCCUAUUCACUCAGCUUUCAUUUGGAUUUCUUUCUAAGUGUCCUGCCAAGCCCAGACUGCCAUAUUUUAUUUUUGCUACUAGCAUGAGAUCCUGAUAUAGACUGUAAAAUUCCUGGUUGGUUUGUAUUCUACAUCCAUAUUCAUCCAUUGUUGGUCCAUAUAUUUUCUGGAGAACUUAUCUCUCCCAUUUGUUUAAUAGGUUUUCCGCCAUUUUUGUUGGGAUCCAAGUUUCACCUACGGCCAAUGGUCUUUCUUUUUUUUCUGUUAGCAAUUCAUUUCUUUAAUUUAAUAAAACUUAAGUUUUUAACUUGUUUCUAUUUCUCGUCCUAUUUUUAUCUGUCCUGUCUGCCGAGGUAGGCUCUUAGCCAAAAAAUUCUUGUCUUAUUGUCCUGUUUCUUAAUUCAAGCUUAACACAUAGCUUGUUCUACUACUUCCUCCACACAACUUCAUUUAUUAUCCUUCAUACAAGGCAUUAGCUUCUGAUUUUGGUCCUCCUGGGGAAUUUUAUUUAGCCACCACCCACCAUAUCUGUUGAGCUUUCCCAUAUCUGCCGCCUGGGGAGGUACUCAAUGGAAGAUCAGUAUCUAAACAAGAGAUGAGGUCAUUUAGUUUUUUUUUUAAAUGCUAAACAUCUGUAUGAAAUUAUGAAAUUAUUCCCUGAUCUCCUCCAUUAAUAAAAAUUAACUAAACAUAGGAAACUGUUAUUGAAGAAGUCUAAUUUAUUUAUUUACACCCCCCACCCCUCUUAUUAAAAAAAAAAUAGUUUUAAAAAUGAAAAUCUGUUUCGUGUCAAGGUUCAGUUUUUCUCUAACAACAUGUUCAAAAUUAAGGAUGAACUAACUUUUAGACAGCUCUAAUAAAAAUGGUGCUUUUAAAACUAGAAAAGCUUCCCAUUUUCUAGACAAAACGUGCAUUCAAGUACCGCAUUUUGUAGUGCUUACUUCUGGGAAUUUUAUUUUGAGCGCCUCUUGAAUUCAGCGUUACAGCCACACAUAUCUAAAGAACAGUUACUGUUAUUUGUGAUUUGAUGGAGCUGCAAAUAAACAACAUAAUCAUGUUGAAUCAAUUCUCUUAUAUUGUUUCCUAAUUCUGAUAAGUAAUAAUUAAAAUAAUGUAAUACAUUGUGCUGUAUUAGCAAUAGGAGUCUAAUUUAAGGAUUUUAAAAAUACAUUUUAAUUUUUUAACAAAAAUAAAAUUGGCCAAAUUGGUGUUGUAACAUUUAAAGACCAUCUAAUUUCAUCACAUGUUUUCCACUCAGUCCUAGCUGCAAAUCAUGCCCCUAUAACAAGAGAAUUUUCCAAAAAAGGAUGUCCUAUAUCUAUGAGAGCUGAGCUCUGGUGCCAGAUCCUAGGGGUGGAGCUGACCAAAGUUGUAAGUAUUACUGUUAGUGUCAACUUUGUUCUUUGCACACUUAGUCCUACUUAUUUAAGAAAUGCCUGAAAUUAAGUUGCUUUGUUUAAAAAAAUGGACCCCUUUUAAAUUAAAAAAAAAUCGUUUGCAGAAAUAAUGUUUUCAGUUAUUGUCAAAAGAAUCCCACUUAUAGGCCUAACCCAAGUAGCAGGCUCUUUCAUCCAAAUUUCUUUUUAAAAAUUUAACAACUCACACACAAAACAGACACAUCAAGAACGCUAGUAAUAUCACACACACUAAACAUCCUUCACUUGAAGAACUAUUUGAAGAAAAAUGCUGUUGUAAAUUUUUUUUGAUGAUACAUCCCACACCCACUUCAUCACGGAUCCCUAAGAUCAGCUUGAUCAGGGCUAUACUUUCUCUUAAGGUUAGGAUCGAUAAAUAUAAAAAAUAUAAAAAUUCUUUGGUUCCCCAGUAUGUACAAAUUUACCUCCCCAGUAUGUACAAAUUUACCAGAGUGCUCCCCGGGUGAUUACAAAAUCUAAAUCCUCACAAAUUAAGUUUUUAUUGUUCCUUUAUGGCAGUUUUAUAUGCCAAAGAAAUACAUAAGAUGUCUUGUGUUUAAAUUGUUAUAAUUGUAAAAUGUUGUCUUGUUUAAAAAAUAUGUAUUUAUUUAUGUACUGAAAAUGAAUAUCUAAAAUUUAAUUUAAAAAAAACCAUUUCUAUCUAUUUGGAUCAAUAAAGAAUCUUACUUUAUCGCAUUUUCUUCUGUAAUUUAAUUAUCUUAUAAAUUUAUGCUUAUUGUUUAUCAAGAUACUUCAGUAAAUGUACACAUAAAUUUACACAAACUGUUUACAGCUGUUGUUAAGUAAUGAUUUGAUUUUGGGUUAUAAGGUAUGACAUUUUUUAUAUUUUAGGAGUAUAGUAACAUAUUCUUAAGAUUGCUAGAUUUAUUUUUGGUUAUAAUGCAAUAACCUUCUUUUUGUUAAUCUAAGCUGAUAUGGAUUUAUUUCUUCACAGGAUUAUUUAUAUUAUGAGCAAUUAAAAGGUUAUGUGUUGCAACAUGAUUUAUUGGUGGAUAGUCUUCUCUACAAGGUCAGUUGAUUUCUAUCUUGUUUAUAGAAACUAUAGUUGGCUUCAGCAACAUGAUUUUUUAAUAAUUUUCAAAAUAUAACGCGACAUAUGGCUAAAUAAAUUUGAAUGGGUAUAUACUCAGCUUAGAUCAGUUUUUUUUAUUGGGCAAUCAAAUGGUAAUAUAUUGCGCCAUGCACGGGCUGUAGCGCGACGGAUGAUGAUGGUGAUAUGUUGACAGGAGUUUAAUUUUAAUAUUCAAUCAUUUAACUUACUUACCAGGAUGUAAAACUGACUGCCACUAAUGAUGAUCAGUAUUUUGUUUUCGAGGACUUUCUUUAUCAGGUGAGCUUUUCUAUAAAUAAUGUGAAAUAAUAAAUAACUACAAGAUUCUGUUAAAGAAACGUUUAAGUCAUUGUGGUAUGUUUUUUCAAAAUUUUAUUAUUAAAAGUUGGAAAUCUAGAUGCAUUGUGGGAAUGGCUUUAAGUUGAUUGGCUGAAAAUUUGAGCAAAAUAAGAAAUCAAUUCCAGGACAAUCAAGUGAUAAAUAUGAGCUUUUCCAUAAAAAUGUUAAAAAUCUGAUUUUUUAAUAUUUUGGGCUAGGUACUUCUCCCCUUCUCCAGAGACACAGUUGUUUUAAAACAUUUUGCCUACAACAGUGCCACGCCACCAAAAUCUUACAUCAGGGGAAAACUUGGCAUGGAGGAUUAUGCUGUUACUUACCCACCCAAUGGUGUCAUUCCAUUUCAUGGCUUUGCUAUGUAUGGUAAGUGCUUAUAGUCAAUUAUCAUUCUGGCUAUAUAAGAGUAAGAGUACUAUAAAAUAAUUGUAUUUCAAAAACUUUAAUUAGGCUUUUAAAAUAUUUUCUUUGAAUAAUCUCAGAUGUUCUUAUAGUAUAUGCAAGAGAUGAUUUCUGUAAAAAAUUUUAUUUAAAUUUAUUACUCCAAGCCAUUUUUAAAAAAAUUGUGGAAAAAAAAAAUCCCGUUCAACUUCUUAACUGCCAUGAACCACUAGGAGCGCUUCUUUAUUUAUGUUCAAGAGCCCCUGGCAGCGCCCAUGUUUAUGUCGUAGUAAAAUGAGUCUAUUAUUUUAAGUAUUCCAUUCCCGUUUUGGUUCAAGAUUUUAAUUGACCUAAAAAAUGGUAUACUAUUCAUAAGAAUCUUUUUAUAAUUAAUAAAAUUGCAGUUGAAUUAGCACUCACACCUUCAAAUGAGAAAAUGCUACCUAAAUUUUAUUCGAGACAUAAGAUUUCAUUUAAAACGAUAUUAUUAACAGACAUAAAUUUUGAUUAUUUCCCUUUCUGCAGUCGCCCCCCUUUGUUACCUCUACAAUGAUAUUGUUCAACUCUACCAUGUAUUCCGACACAUGUACAUGCACUACUUCUUCAGGCUGCACAGUGUCUCCUCACACCCCCAGGUUUUUUAUUUUCUGAAAAUAUUAUGUUGAUUUAUUUAUUCAAAUACUUUUAACCAUGCGGCAAGCUUACACUAAAUCAGUCUUAAUUAAGGAAGCCCCAGUAAGGAAAUGAAGAAUAUAGUUACAAGAAAAAUGAAUAAUAUGUUUUCAUUAAGUGUUAUACUCUAUCUUAAUUUCAAAGAGCAGUAUUUAAAAUACUUUCAUUUUUGGUGUGCACAGGGCAUUGUAGCCUUGAGUUUACUUUUUGAGACCCUAUUACAAGCGGAAGAACCAGAGCUGUUCUACCAUCUAAAACAAGUGAACUGUCAGCCGUAAGUAGCCACUUGUCAAAACUCAGUACAUAAAUAAACUGCUGGGUGGAGGCCCCUCUGCCUACCUGCCCACUGACUGUACUGGUUUCAAUGCACUCUGCCAUAACAGGCCAAGACUGAAGUAGCGUCCAAAACUAUUUCUGCCUCAUAUGCAGAGUUGUAACGGAAGUUGUAAUAACAUAUCUUUAGGAGUUGUAAUAAAGUAAUAAUAAUAAUAAUAAAGUUCAUUUCAAAAACACUCUUCAUCCCCAAAGGCUCGAAGCGUGGAACAAAGUCAACAAAAUACAAAUCUAUAAUUUACCACAUUUAAAACAAACGCAACACUACAAAAACUAAUCACCAGCAUACAAUUGCAAAGUCUUUCUAGCUAUUUCAACCCCAAGCAACACAGCCAUUAUGCAUUAACUGGAAAAUAAGGUUGACAUGGGAGUUGUAAUAACAUGCAUAUUGGAGCUAAUAACAUAUCCAUGGGAAUUAACAACAUAUCCAUGGGAUUUGUAGUAACAGAUUGAUAGAUUUGGUUGCUCUUCUGGGGAGCAGCAGUGCAUGGACCAGAUAGGGUGGAAUGGUUAUUCAUCAUCCUGCCUGUACAUUUGAUGAGCAGGUUACGAAGAGUACAUCACACAGAUUUAUUUUAUGUCAUCCACAGCCUGAAGAUAGCAUUCAAAUGGCUGAUGAGAGCAUUCUCUGGGUUUCUGUCAAGUGAUCAGGUCCUGCUACUGUGGGACAGAAUACUGGCUUUUGACUCCCUGGAGAUUUUACCCGGUAAUCAUUUUCAUUUUUAAAUAAAUAAAAUGUUAUAAAAUUUAUGUUAACCAUAGGCUUCUAAAGGUUAACCAUAGGCUUCUAAAGGUUAACCAUAGGCUUCUAAAGUUUCACUUCUGUGUUCCAAUUUUUACCCAGUUCUCUAUUGUUACAAAUGACUUUUACCAUAGAGUAAUCUAUUCUUCAUUUGUAAUAUUUUCCCACCAGUUCUGGCUGUUGCAAUAUUCUCAUUCAGAAAAACGAAUUUGUUAAAAGUUCAGUCUAUGAACACUGCAGAGGUGAGUGUGUAAAAAAAUAAUUAAAUGUGUUGCAUAGAUUUUACAACAAAUUUGAAUUAUUUUUUUAGAUUAGCAUCAUCCAUAUGGCCAAGGGCAUCUUUACAGUUUUAGUGAUUUUUAUUUCAUUUAAUUAAUUUUUUUCUAUGAACUCAUUGAAUCCAUUUGUUUAUUUCAGGCUGUUUUGGCCGACCUGUUCACACUUCAAGUUGUCCCCUUGCUACAGUUGUCAUUGUUUUCCAAAUGAUGUUUUAAAAGACUUUUUGUUGUAUCAUUGUACGUGUCUCGUUUGUUAUUAUUGGUCUGAUUAUUGCACGUUUUGAGGCUUGUUUUGUAGUCUGCAUUUGGAACAUGUAGUAAUGGCUGCCUUUAGACAAGAUUUUUAGCUGUAUAAGAAUCAAGAAUUAACAUACAAGUUUUGUUGUAUCCAUUCUCAAGUAAUUCAACUUAUGUAAGUUAAUAUUAAAUAAGCGUCAGCUGGUGUACUUUGCAUAUUCAAACUUUUAAACAAAAUUUUUGGUAAAAAAAAUAUUGUAAACAAUGUCUUAACUUAGUCAAUUAGUCAUGGGUAGGUUUACCCAAGUCAAUCACGGCAAUACUGAAUAUUUACCUGGCAAAUAUUCUACUUUACAGAGGGAGUAAAGCAAUGAAUUAGUUUGCUUGGUAUAUCUGAGCUUAGCCAAUAAGUUUGGUUUGCUUGGUAUAUCUCAGCCUAGCCAAUGAGUUUGGUUUGCUUGGUACAUCUCAGUGUAUUGCUGUGCGUAGUGCAUUAGACAGAGAUGAAUGGAAGAGGAUAGUUCACAUGUCAUCUGUGGCGCCCCAACGGUCCAAGGACUAAGGGACAUGAUGAUGAUGAUGAUCUCAGCCUAGCCGAUGAGUUGCUUUGCUUGGUAUAUCUCAGCCUAGCCAGCAUAAAACACCUUGUUUUACUUGAGUCACAAAUGUUUACAGGAGUCACAAGUCUAUGUUUACUGGAGUCACAAGUCUAUGUUUACUAGCUUUCAUUGACAACCAGGAAUACCCCAGUUAUCUGCCAGACAUUAUUUUAAAAUGAGAACAAUUUAAACACAAAACAUCUAAAAAUUGUUAAGUAUUUCUCAAGUGUAAAAAUAAGUCGUCCUGUACAGUAAGACUUCACCUUCUUAGUGACUAUAUUGAUGAUAGACCGUCCAUAUCUUUCAUGUAAUGCUGUCAAUAUAAACAUUUUAUUAUUGUAUUUAUUAAAGUUUAUUAUUUAAUACACAAACUAUUAUUGUAUAAUUUAAUAAGGUUAUCAUUCCUUCAAAAUUACUAA